GACCAGGCAGGCAGCAGACAAACCCAGCACACGCUGCUCUCAAAGCUGCUCUCUGUGCCCUGCUCUGACGACAGCACAGGCCGGGCUCCCGGCGAGCCAGAGAGCCCGUGUUUAGCACUGAAACGAGGUCCCUUGAGACCUACCAGUGAGAGAGAGAGAGAGAUAAGGACACACAAAGCGUUGACUCUCUAUUCUUAGCACCUCUAACUCUCUGCCAACCCUCAGGAGAGAAGAGGACAGCGACGUAGGGCGGGGAACAAGGGAGGGAGUCAUGGGCUGAGCGGGGGAAAACAAAUUGGGUGGAAGAAAAGACAAGACGAAAGGAAGAUAAAGACGAUGGAUUAAAAGAAAGAAGAGUGAACAUGGAAAUUGUACAGGAAUAACUGGCACAGUGAGCGAGAGAGAGAGCGAGCGAGAGGGAGGGGGGGGGGGGAGGAGACUGAUUGAUGUAGUGAGAGGGAAAGAGAGAGAGCGAGAGAAAGAGUGCAUCUGUACACGAGUGCCGGUAACCAUGCAGGGAGAGUCUAUGUCUCAAGAGGAUGCCGGCAGAACGGCUCGAUCAACGGAGCAACAAAAGGAACAAAUCACAUCGACAAACAUUUGUUCUCUCUCUCUCCGUCCGUCUCUCUGCCUCUGACACAGACGGUAAGCAAAGCUCUACGCUCUUCCAAAACCAAACAAACCUGGCUGGCCUGUCGACUUGGUACCGUCACGUUUGACGUUUGGUAGCUUUUGCUCCCCAUCUCUGCACUUAGUGAAGGAUGCCACCCAUCCGAAGCUAAUUCAGCGCUGGCUUUCUGGAAGGACCCUUUCUAGAAACGGACACCGUAUCCACAAGGGCACGAGAGAGGCUAAUGUUUAACCUCCAUGCCCAGUUUGAGGACCAGAAGCUCCGCUGCACGGCAAGGGUGUUGGACUAUUAUGAUCCCUCUUGGAGGGGCCAAAGGCAGCUUCCUAGUUUGCCUUGGGAUCAGCACUUUGAUCUGUUCCCUAAUCUACUUGAGGGCCUGGACACAGACAGAGUUGCAGCCCCAGGUCGGGGCUAAUGGUUGCAGAUCCUUCUCUGAUAGAUGUGAAGCCUUCCUGCCCAGAGUUGAGGAGGGACUCAUAUGGCGUAACCGUGACUGCCAGGUGGACAGUUACAUUCAUAAUAACCAUCUUACUUGUUCGCAAUUGAUUGCUGAUCUACACUUCAUCACAAAACCAUUGAGCCAGGAAGAGCUAGACUACCCAUUAGCCUUUAUUCUGACUGUCCACAAGGAACUACAGUUGCUUCUCCGUUUGUUGCGAGCCAUCUAUGCCCCACAAAAUGUCUACUGCAUUCACAUAGAUGCCAAGGCCCCACAAGACUAUCAACAGAUGGUUCGACGGCUGGUUGCCUGCCUCCCAAACGUUUUCCUCUCCAGCCAAAGUGAGACGGUGACAUACGCAGGGUUCUCCCGGUUACAAGCAGACAUACACUGCAUGAGGGACCUAGAGCAUUCCAAGGUGGGUUGGAAAAAGCUCAUCAAUCUGUGCGGACAGGACUUCCCGGUGCAGAGCAACCUUGAGCUGGUGCGCUACAUGCAGAGCAAAAUGUGGAAGGACCGGAACAUGACCCCUGGGAUCAAGCAGCCUGCGAGCAUGAGGCACCGGACACAACUCCAGCACAAGGAAAUCACAGGGUCCCAUGUGGGCCUCAAAGGGUGGGGCAAGAAGAAGGGUCAUCCCCCCCAAAAUAUGCAACUAUACUUUGGCACAGCCUACUAUGCUCUCACAAGAGGGUUUGUGAACUUUGUCUUGAAAAGCAGAGUGGCCCAAGACCUGUUGGAAUGGUCCAAAGACACCUACAGUCCAGAUGAGCAUUACUGGGCAACAUUGAACCAUCUAAAAGAAGCUCCUGGCAACCACGUUGAUGGAGGAUGGGAAGGCGAUAUACGAGCAAUCAAGUGGCAAGACCAAGAGGGAACAGUACAUAGUGGUUGCAAAGGACGUUAUGUUAGAAACAUCUGCAUUUAUGGAAUAGAAGAUCUUCCAUGGAUCAUCAAAAGGAACAGCAUGUUUGCCAACAAGUUUGAGAGCAGUACAUUUCCCGAGUCCCUGGACUGUCUGGAGCAGUGGCACAGAAGAAAGGUGCUGAGGCAGGCAAGAGUACCCAUAGAUCCGGAAUGGCUAUUGGCCGUACCGUAUCCAAUACCCACUUCAAAGACCAACAGCAGUGGUGGACAGGGAAAUAGAUUGAAUCGAAGUUUCAGCGAACAUGAAGAUGUACGUGGAUUAAUAGUUUAACAACGGAAAUAUAAAUGUAUGCAUUUCACAAAUGAAGAUGGUUCAUAAUGGCACUCUGAAAGGGUGGUUUCAUUUAGUUGUUUUAGCAAAAAACGCUCGACCGCCUAAGCACCACAUUUUCUACUAACCAAGUAGAGUGUGCUUUAGGCUUUUCGGAGAUGCAGGAACUUUGCAUGAGUUGCCUGCAACCAUGAAUAAAAACAAAUAUUUGCAGGGUCAACCUAAGCCCUAUCGUGAAAGAAAAUGGGAUAGAAAAGAGAUAGAAUUUGUGUUGAAAAUGCUUAGUAAAUAAACUUGUAUUUGAGAUUAUUUUUUACCAUUUCAAAAGGUUUGAGGACAAUUAUUCAUUAAGAAAUCUGUCCCCUUUUAACAUCCACAAGGGUGUUGAAGCUGGGUAGACACUCCCACUUGUGAUGUCAAAAACUCAUAGGAUUUGUAAAUGUCUUGUACAGGCUUAUGGCAACUGAAAACAUAUUAGAAGAGAUUUGACUACUAAGAAGUGGGCCCUGACAAUGCCGAGUCAAAGCUAUUCUUACAUUCCAUAGAGGAUUAGUUUUGCCACACCAAGCCCAAACACUGCCAAUAGAUACUGUCGAUCAAAUUAAAUGUCAAAUUGUUUUGUGUUUUCAUUUGUACAGUUUUUAUUAAAAACAAUAUUUUAAUUAAAUAUUUUCAGGUGUUGUUUUAACUUAUACAUUUUCAAACAUUUCUCAACCGUCAACGUCCAGUCAAUUUGGUUGUCAUUGUCCCUAAUGCAUGGGAAUUCAGCUAUUUAUUACAGUUUCAAGUAUAGAUUUACUAUAUACCAUCAAUGCUAGCAUCACCCAAACAUUUUAUUUUGCAUUAAUUGCUAAAAAUAGCAAUCAUUAAUAAAAAUUCAUCUUCCUUAUUCAUCAAUCAUAUUAAUUAUAUGCAAAUUUCAAUAUAUAAAAUGGCGCCAUGAUAAAGAUAUAAAUUACAAUCCAACCUUAGUAGGCUGUUGACAAAUCCAACCAAUUAUUUCUAGUUACAGGCUGAGCUCAGGUUGUAGACCUUUUUGAAGAGAGCCUAGAUAAGGUGUGUAAGGUCACGUUUGUUUUGUUCUGCUCAUGUUUUUUUUUCUGUUUGUCUAGAGAUAGUUUAGAAGUGUAUUUUGGUUCAAGCCUAGGCUGAGGGUUUUGUUUAAAAAGUCAGGGGGUCUUAUUGGUUAUUAUUUUGGCCUUGGGUACCCCGAAGCAAUCCUUAAUUAAUGUAUUUGUUCCUGUAUUCUAUACAGCCGAUGUAUAAUAAACCCUGUGCGUUUUGAACGGUG